UUGCACAAAAGUUUUGAUUUUCAUCCAAGAAAUGGUUUAUAAAUAGACCAAUCAGUGUUUGUUCAUUUUUUACUUUGGUUACACUUAGUGACAUUUAAAAGACACUGAAAGUUCUUCUCACAUUUCUGAUGUGUCUUCUCCCCCCAGGUCUCCUGUGUAUGAUGAUCAUACCGGUGUCAUCAGGAACGGUGUAUAUACAGAGCGGAUCAGACAUCACUGGCUGUAAUAUGAAGUGUCCUGAGGAUGAUGUCACUGUGGAGAUGUUCAGAGAAUGUGGAGGAAAGGAGAGGACAUUGCUGGAAAAUCUUUGUUUUAUCAAUGACACUAAAUCACAUGACCCCAGACUACAACUGGACACAGGGAGUGGAUGCUGGAUCCUGACACAUGCCAGGAAGGAUGAUUCCUGUGUAUAUAAGGUUUGGUGUCACUGUGCUCCGGGAUACGUAAUGUCCUCUACAGAGAUCCGUGUUCUGGAUCCGGUUCUCAUCUCCAACAUCACCAGUAACUGUAGCCGGUUGGGUGAGGAGACGGCGGUGAGCGUCCAGUUCUCUGGAGAAGAGAGCGCUGUGACCUGGGAGGUGGACGGGGAGCCUCUCCCUGAAAGAUACCGGCUGAUAGAUGACAAUAGGACUCUGAUUAUCCUUGGUGUGCAGAGAGAUGACGCCGAGAGGAGAUUCCGGGUCAGGAUCACAAACCCAGUCAGUGAGGAGAUCCGGGAAUACCGGCUGAUCAAUGAUACAAUGUUCAUCAGAAUGCUGGAACCAGAAGAUCCAGUUCUCAUCUACAACAUCACCAGUAUCGGGGGUCGGUUGGGUGAGGAGAUGGCGGUGAGCGUCCAUUUCGCUGGAGAAGAGAGCGCUGUGACCUGGGAGGUGGAUGGGGAGCCUCUCCCGGAAAGAUACCGGCUGAUAGAUGACAAUAGGACUCUGAUUAUCCCCGGUGUGCAGAGAGACGACGCCGAGAGGAGAUUCCGGGUCAGGAUCACAAACCCGGUCAGUGAGGGGAUCCGAGAAUACCGACUGGAGGUCAGAGAUUUGAAGCAAUAUAGAAAAAUUAAUCGUCUCAUUGUUGGUCUCGGUGUUGGUCUCGUUGUCUCAGGAAUUUCAGUAGCAGUGAUUGUUUACACUACAAAUACGAGCUGUUGCCAGAAGACCGAGAAGACGAAUGUGAUCGCAGAAACUGUACCUCUAAGUGACAUGUAGAGAGGGGGGCUGUCAUGAAUCCUGCUGCCAGGCUCAUCCACCUUACCAACCGCUCAGUGUCUGCUACCCUUCUCUGCCAAUCCCUCCAUUGGCUGCCAGUCAGGCAACAAAUUAAAUUCAAAAUCCUGACGACUACUUACAAAUCCAUCCACAAAUCGGCCCCCAGCUAGAUCACUGACCUAGUCCCAAAAUACCAACCAAAUCGUUCCCUUCGUUCCUCCCAGGACCUCCCGCUCUCCA